AUGUUGAAUCUAUCCGAGGAGGGGCUCCUCUUCCUUGUGAGGAACUACUAUGAUGUUUUCAUUGUUGUAGUGUUUUCUAUUGGGGUAACAUUUUUGGUCUCCAAAAUAGCUUGGAGAAGUUUGGACAUGACCACUACAAGUUACAGAGGUGGCGGCAUCCCGGGCCGGUUGGGGUUGCCCUUUGUUGGUGAAACCCUUUCUCUUCUUUCUGCAACUAGCAGUAUAAAAGGCUGCUACGAAUUUGUCCGGCUCCGACGAAAAUGGCACGGGAAGUGGUUCAAAACAAGGAUUUUUGGACAGAUCCAUGUGUUUGUUCCCAGCACAGAGGGCGCAAGAGCCAUUUUUUCUGAUGACUUUGCGAAAUUCAACAAAGGGUAUGUGAAAUCAAUGGCAGACUGUGUUGGAGAGAAGAGCUUGCUGUGUGUGCCGCAUGAGGACCAUAAGAGGAUUAGGCGCCUUCUUUCAGAACCUUUCUCCAUGAACUCUUUAUCAACAUUUGUUCAGAAGUUUGAUAAAGUGUUGUGCCGAGGGCUGAAGAAAUUAGAAGGCGGCGGGAAAAGCUUUGCGGUGCUUGACUUCACCAUGAAGAUUACAUUUGACGCCAUGUGCAACAUGCUAUUGAGUGUCACGGAUGACUCCUUGCUCCGAAAGAUCGACAAAGACUGCACUGCGGUCUCGGAUGCAAUGUUAACCUUUCCUUACAUGAUCCCAGGCACCAGAUAUUACAAAGCCAUCAAGGCACGUCGACGUCUAAUGGAAACCUUCAAAGACAUUAUUGGGAGAAGAAGAAGUGGAAAGGAGUCUGCAAGAGACUUCCUACAGUCUAUGUUAGAAAGAGAUUCAUGCCCUCCCAAUGAAAAGCUCCAAGACUCAGAGAUUAUGGACAACCUAUUGACAUUGAUAAUUGCAGGGCAGACCACCACUUCCGCUGCAAUGAUGUGGAGUGUUAAGUUUCUUGAUGAGAACAGAGAAGCACAGGAAAGACUGAGGGAGGAACAGUUGUCAAUAGCCAGAGCUAGGCCAGAUGGAGCUUCAGCUACCCUAGAAGAUUUUAAAAACAUGCCCUACUGUUUGAAGGUUGUCAAAGAGACAUUGAGGAUCUCAAAUGUCCUUCUGUGGUUUCCUCGUGUUGCACUCUCUGACUGCACUAUUGAAGGCUUUGAAAUAAAGAAAGGUUGGCAUGUGAACAUUGACGCGACUUGCAUACACAACGACCCAGAUUUAUAUGCAGAGCCAAUGCAAUUCAACCCAUCUAGAUUUGACGAAAUGCAAAAGCCAUAUAGCUUUAUCCCAUUUGGGUCAGGACCAAGGACAUGCUUAGGAAUGAACAUGGCCAAGCUGACAAUGCUGGUCUUUUUACACCGUCUCACUAGUGGAUACAGGUGGACAGUUGAUGAUCUGGAUACUAGCCUAGCGAAGAAUGCACACAUUCCGAGAUUAAGAAGUGGGUGUCCCAUUACCUUGAGGGCCUUAUAA